AUGGUAGAAAAUCUUAAAGACCAGCCCUUGAAGACAUCCCCAAAAGAUGUUUGCACUGUUGCCAGUGAUAUUGAGGUAAAGUUGAUAUGCUACUUAAAACUGGGGAAACCUGGUAUUGCUCUGAAUCAUUCACACAGGAGCAUUAUUCCAAACCCAACUUCUCUCCAGAAUCACCUGCACCAAGCUGCUUGAUUUUGGUGCUUACGGAGAUAUUCUGGAGCUGCAAGGAGCCCCAUGAUUGCUGACUGUAUGUUCAUCACGAUGGGAGGCACCGCGUACGCAACAAGAGACCUCAUCCGUCUGUAUUGGCAGGCUAUAAUUCAAGAAGCUUUCAAGAGAAAAAUAUCUUUUUUGGCUAUGUGCAAACCAUUUGUGAAAGGAGAUGAGAGUGCCAAAAUAAAGGAGGCAGACAAAACCUUUGCUAAAAAGCACCCUGAUUACAUGCAGCACAUAUUUACAGGUCAUCACGGAAUUUACAUGUGGCCAGACAUGGCUGCAUCCCAGCAGUUCUUACUUACUCUAGAUUUCAGAAACAAAUAUGUUGGAAAAAACUUGGAAAGGUCUUUAACUAGAAAACAGCCAACCUUUUCAGGUACACCAACUUGCUUAAUGGCUUGA